AUAUGAAGGGUAAGGUAGCAUUAUUAAUUGAUGUUGAUUGUCAAGAAUUCAUCAAGAAAGGCAAUACUACUAUUGUUAUCUAAGAAUAAGAUGAUUUUAUCUUAGAAUUAAUGGGAAUGAAAGAGGGUGUAUAAAAUACCAUUUUACCAAAUUAAUAAAAUGAUGAUGAAAUACUUGAAGUUAAUUUGAUCAAUAAUGCUUAAUCUUAUUCUUAAAUUAGUUAUGGUGCCAAAACAGUUGUUAUUGGAAAACAAUACUAAUAAUUUCAAUUAAUUAGUUAUGAUGAAUUCUAAGAAUAAUUGUUUGAUAAUUUCGAUAUUGUCAUUGCAUUUAAAGAUUAAGUAAGAGUUUUGGAAGAAAUCUAAAAGUAGAAACAAUAUCACAUAUAUUUCAUUAUAUCCAACAUCAAAUAAUAUGAUAAUGAUAUUGAAUUCCCUCUCUAAUCCAGAAAUUAGUUUAAAUAUUAAUAAAUAGAGAGUAAAGGUAAAUAGAUUGCUCUUAUUCAUUAUUCAAAUUAUCAGAUGAGAGUUGAUGAAAUUCAAUCUUUAUAAUAAAUAAAUGAAUUUUCCUAUAUAAGGCGAAAUAUAAUAAGAUUGUAAUGUCUUUGGAGAGAAUUACUUACAUAAGUAGGCAAGUUCCCUAAAUACGGUGCAUGAAUUAAUGGGAGAC